AUGCACGAUGCCGCUGCUUAUUUUCCUGCAAAUGCUGCUAAAAGAUGGAGCUCAAGUCACAUCUACACUUUGGCUUGUAGGUCUUUCAAACUAUCUGAUUAUCCUACAUCCAAGUUUUAUGAAUUGAAUAUUAAGAAGGUCAAAAAUAUACUUGUUACGCACAAAGAUGAUCCAGUCAAAAUCUUGGAGAUGAUCGAUGUCAUUCAAGGUUUAGGCGUCGAUGUUCAUUUCAAACAAGAGAUCGAUCAAACCCUUCACAUGAUCUAUCAAGAAUGUGCCCGCGCUCAAACCUAUGGAUACCAUGAUCGUGAUCUCAGCGAGGUCGCGCUUUGCUUUCGAUUGCUGAGACAAGAAGGUCACUAUGUUCAAGAAAGUAUGUUUGAAAGCAUUAGAGACAAGAGGGGUGGAUUUAAAGACGAACUCCGAAAUGACGUGAAGGGUCUCAUAGAAUUGUAUGAAGCUUCUGAGCUCGGUUUAGAAGGCGAAGAAACACUCGAUGGCGCGAAAGAAUUCGCGUUUAACCGCCUUAAUGAACUUUGCUCGGGUCAAGAAAGUCAUCAACAGCGAAAGAUAAUGAGUUCUUUGAGACAACCUCGCCACAAAACCUUACAAAGAUUAUCUUCCAAGAAUCUCAUAGACAUGAUCAAAGUAGCUAGUCGAGAAGAUGAUGAGUGGUUACAAUCUCUAUUACGAGUGGUCGAGAUCGAUUCCGUUAUGUUGAAUUCCUUGAUUCAAGAAGAAAUUUCUACAACGUUCAAAUGGUGGAGAGAGCUUGGUUUAGAAAAGGAGCUAUGGAAGGCAAGAAAACAGCCAUUGAAAUGGCACACAUGGUCGAUGGCAAUUCUUCAAGAUCCUACGUUAUCCGAACAAAGACUUGAUCUUACGAAAAAGAUAUCGCUCGUUUACGUUAUAGACGACAUUUUUGAUGUCUACGGAGGGCUAGAAGAACUGACCGUCUUCACACGAGCUGUCGAGAGGGACAUUGAGGGACUUGAAAAGCUAACGAGAUACAUGAAGGUUUGCUUUGAAGCUCUAAAUACAAUCACAGAGGAGAUUAGCAUGAAGAUCUUGAAAUCACAUGGUUGGAACCCAACGGACUCUCUUCGAAAAUCGGAGAAGCAAAGUGGUUUAACUCGGAUCAUGAGUUCAGGUGUUCAUUUGGUGAUGCUACAUGUCUACUUCUUGCUGCGCAAAGAUCUCAACCAGGAAAAAGUGGAGCUAAUCGAGAGCAACCCGAAGAUUGUAUCGUCAGCAGCAACCAUUCUGAGACUGUGGGAUGAUCUCGGAAGUGCCAAGGACGAGAACCAAGAUGGGUAUGAUGGAUCAUACGUAGAGUGUUACCUGAACGAGCACAAGGGAUCAACUGUUGAUGAAGCAAGGACACAUGUUGUCCAGAAGAUAUCCAAAGCAUGGAAAUGCUUGAACAGAGAGUGUCUCAAUCCAAGACCGUUCUCAAGAUCGUUCUCAAAUGCUUGUCUCAACAUUGCAAGAACUGUUCCUAUGAUGUACAGCUAUGACGAGGAUCAAAAACUUCCUGGUCUCGACGAAUAUAUCAAGUCCCAUUUAACAAUCAGUGAUUAA